AUGUCUGAGUUAUUACAUUUAGUUGAUGUUGCGGAGAAUAUAUUCCCAGAAACUUUAGAAUUACUGAAUGAUAACUCAUCCACUAGUAACCAAAAAAAGGUAUUACAUAGACAAUUGAUCGCAAUUGAUUCAAAGAAUAAUCAAAUAGAUGUCCGUAAUAAUGUUUUAAGUUAUUACAAAGAUAAUGUUAAAUGUGAUGUUGUUUUGAAUAAAUUACUAGAUAUUUUAGAUAAUAAUUUAGGUCCAAUAUAUUUGGAGAAAAGUUCAAAAAUUUACUGUAAUGAAAAGCCAUGGAAAGAAAAUAAGAUAGUGGAAAUGAAAUCUGAGGGAUUACUUUAUGUAAUUUAUAAUGAUGACAUCACUAAAGAACCACUCUUGUUCAUGUCAUUCAUGAUCACCGAUGAUCCAAGCCUUGUGGUUCCUACUGAUAAUGAUUCAAAUGAACUCUCAAAUUCUACAGCAGCUGUAAUUUACCUUUAUGAAAUUCAAUUAUUGGAACUUAUAAGAAAUCAAAAAUUAGGUACAAUUUUAAUUACAAAUUAUUUGAAGAAAACUAUUGAAAUUUUAAACAAAGAUUAUCAAAAAAAUAUUAUUGCUUUAGAAUUAACUGUAUUCAGUAAUAAUAUUAAUGCUAUUAAUUUUUAUAAAAAAAUUGGUAUGCUAUACACUCCUGAUUCCCCAAGAGAUAAAAUAAUUUUACCACAGAAAAGAAGAACAAGAAGCACGACUAUUGCAUUAGAAUCAAAAAAUAACGAACCUUCAUCACGAUUAACAACAUCAAAACCUAUUAAAAAAAUAAUUAAAAAGCCAGAUUACUACUUAUUAUUUCUACCAAUACCAGAGUCAAACAAAAUUCAACUGAAUUGUCAAUGUAAAUAA